UUCGUGUCCCGCACGAAAUAGAGCACCGCCCUGGAGAUAAAAAAGCUAGGGUUAGGGUUCGAGAGCUAGGGUUUGGUGUUCUCCUCCCCGCGGCGCGAGAUCGGCGAAGAUGAUCGAGGUGGUGCUCAACGAUCGGCUGGGGAAGAAGGUGCGGGUGAAGUGCAACGACGACGACACCAUCGGCGACCUGAAGAAGCUCGUGGCGGCGCAAACGGGGACGCGCCCGGAGAAGAUCCGGAUCCAGAAGUGGUACAACAUCUACAAGGACCACAUCACCCUCAAGGACUACGAGAUCCACGACGGCAUGGGCCUCGAGCUCUACUACAACUGAUCCCCGCGAUCGCCAUGGCGAAGGAUGAAUUGUCAAUGCUUCUCUUGUCGCCUUGGCUGAUGAACUCGGCGGUUUAUGAACUAUUGAAAUAGUUGUGUAUGAGCUCUACCGCUUGUAUUCGACCUCUGUUGGUGGAUUGCUUAUAUAUGAUGUAGUCUAAUAAUACCGGUCUUGACUAGAAGUAUUUUGUAUAUUGUACCUAAUAUAUGUGGAAAGCUGUGUGCUUGAUUUUAUGCUUACUAUGAGGACAUAUUCUUGCUA